GUAUUGGUCCAUUAAGUGAGAAGUUUACUGCUUAACCUAUAUUUAUUGUUUGUGAAUUUGUCUUGAAAUAUUUAAAGAACUUGAGAUUUAAACGAAAAAAAAAAAAAAAAUGUAGAUACGUAUGCAUUUUAUUCGCAUUUAAAUAAAUAAAAUUAUCAAAAUAUCUAAAGAUUUUAAGAAAUAUCUAAAAUUUGCAUAGAAAUUGUACAAAAUCUAAUUAUACAAAAAACUUAAAAUGUUUCGAACACUUAUCAACACUUCAAUUAAAAGACAAAUACAUGGGAAUGCGGAGAUAGUAGAAAAUUGCAAGGAAAUCAGAAAUCGUAAUCCACGAAAUUUAGAACGUUUAAGAAUUGCGAGGAAACCUAUAGGUUAUGUUCUUGACAAAUGUGAACGUGGAUAUUGGCAUAAAUUGAAUGUAUCUGCCAGUAAACGUUAUGUCAUGGCAGAAAUUUGUCAUUUUGAAAAUGGUCAAAUUAUUACAGCAUCAAGUAAAGAAUGGGGAUUGAGAAAACAACUAUAUAGUACAAUUGAUGUCGUAGCAUAUAAGUUUGUGGGACAGUUACUUGCACAACGUUGUUUAGAAAGUGGUAUAUCAGAAAUUUAUGUAAAUAAAGCAUUUUUGGCUGCUGGAAAUAAAGUUCAGUCAUUAAUAAAUGCAAUGGUAGAAAAUGGAAUUUGUAUAGAAGAACCAGAAAGAUAUAAACAUCCAAAACCUAAUUCUUGGAACUAUCCAGAAAAACCUUGGGAAACGUAUGAAUAGUUUAAUGUAAAUAUUGUAUAAAAGUGUUAUUAUAUAAAACUAUUAUAUAACAAUAAAUAUACAAUGCACAA